AUGCGCGCACCGCUAGGCCGGGCAGUGGAGCGCCGAGCGCUUCUCCUGCGGGGUGCCCGCCCAGGUGCGUGGAUCGAGCGGCGGAAGAUGUCGGAGAAGCUGCAGAAGAGCGUGAAAAUCGCUCCCGGCGCCGUGGUCUGUGUGGAAAGUGAGAUCCGGGGAGAUGUAACUAUCGGACCUAGGACAGUGAUUCAUCCAAAAGCACGGAUCAUUGCAGAAGCAGGACCAAUAGUGAUUGGUGAAGGCAACCUAAUAGAAGAGCAAGCACUUAUCAUAAAUGGAUUUCCUGAAAAUAUUACACCAGACACCGAAGGAAUUGAACCAAAACCAAUGGUCAUUGGCACCAAUAAUGUUUUUGAAGUUGGUUGCUUUUCACAAGCCAUGAAAGUGGGUGAUAACAAUGUAAUUGAAUCAAAAGCGUUUGUGGGCAGGAAUGUGAUUCUGACCAGUGGCUGCAUCAUUGGGGCCUGCUGCAAUGUCAACACAUAUGAAGUUAUCCCUGAGAACACUGUGAUCUAUGGAGCUGACUGCCUGCGUCGAGUCCAGACGGAGCGUCCCCAGCCACAAACGCUGCAGCUGGAUUUCCUGAUGAAAAUCCUGCCAAAUUAUCACCAUCUAAAGAAGACUAUGAAAGCAGCAUCUACUCCUGUUAAGAGCUAAGAGUUCUCCCAUCAAGAUAUCUUUCCCUCUUCUGCUCCAACUGAUUUAGGAACUUUUCUUCCAAUUUCCAACUCUGUGCACAAAGAAGUCAUUGACUUUUUUUUUUUUCUCGUUCAUUUGAUUCUGGUCAAACUGCUUGUGGCGUUUCUUUUGUUUGUAGGGUUUUUUUCCUUUUAACUAUUUAUAUUCAGUAAACAGCUGAAAAAUAAACCCUGGAUCCCAAAUCUGACUAGCAAUUCUUAUGGCUAUAAUAUCGUGCAUAAUUAUUUCUAGGUAAUCAAGUCUUGCCAGGUAGGACAUAAAUUACCUUUCAACAUGGCACAAAAAGUGGUGAAGGAUUAGAAAAUAUUUCAUCGCAUAUUCUGUGCUAUUAAUAAAGAUAUUAACGUC